CUCACGCCGGCUCAUCCUCUCUCUCUCCAAAUCUGUGGACAUUUCACGCGCGCUCUCCGCUCCAGCCUCCAGCCACCGCCCACCGGCCGGCGAUGUCGACGGCGGCGGCGGCCGCGGCGUCCACCUCGCUCCGGCCGGCCUCCCAGUCCGCGCUCCGUCUCGCGGGUUCGCCGCGGCGGUGGUGCUGGGGAGCCCCGGCGCUCUCCCCUGCGAGGAGAGCAUUCCACGCGGACACGCGGAGGCGGAAGACUUUGUUAUAUGCAACUGAUAAAGGCCCAGAAGAAUCCUUGAAGAAGACAAUUGAAGUUGACAGGUUGAUCGAGAUGCUGAGGGAUGCAAAUCCUAGAGAGCUUGAUCAAAUAGUGGUUGAAAAUGUUCUGGCGUUCGAUGAGGGUUUCUGGGUUCGGCUGGCAGCAAGAAUUGAUCUAUGCAAAUCGGAUGAUGAUAAAAAAGACUAUGAAGAAUUGGCUGAAAAUGUCAUGAACAUAGUUGACCGUCUUGUCCAUAAGACUGAUGAAAAGAUUGAACAGUCAACUGAUGUGCUGAAGGCAAUUAUUAGUCCUGUGAUGCACGAAGGUGAAAACGCCACGUGGCCACCGAGAGAUCCGGAGGCUCUCAAAUUGAUGGAGAAAGAAAUUUCAAAUAGAGAAAAAGAAGGACAGCUAGACGAAGGAUUUCUGUCAGAGGUUAAUGCUCAGUUGAGGCAGGCUAAACAAGAUGGAGAUAAACCAGGACUUCAAGCUAUGCUGCAGAAGGUGUUGCAGCUGUAUGCGUCCAAUUUUCUCCAAAAGCGUAGUUACGCUUACAAAGGGGGAGAAGUAAUAGUGCCUGAAAGUUUUCUUGAAUCUGUAAUAAAGGAUUGUGCCUUGCAGCUCCGGAAAACGAGUGGAACAAGCUGUUGCUUGAUGGGUUAACAGUGGGGAAAGGAAAUGUUUCACCAGAAGAAUUUUAUGCUGUUAUAAAGAAGAGAAUUGAGAGAGUCUUAAUUCGCACAGAAGGAGGUUCUUAUCAGCAGCGCAUACUCGUUGAAUAUCUAAAAGAGAUACAGGCUAGAGCGGAGGAAGUUGUGAAGGUGCUUCAAGGACCAACCAUAUGAUGAUGUCUGGUGGUCGAUUUUAAACAGUGCAGGUUAUCCAGUUCGAUCAUGGUUUUGACGCAUCACCUAGCAAAAGCUUAGAAGGCGACAACAGACAACCUAACUAGUUGUCUGAUUCAGGAACCCGAGAUAAGCAUAGCGAGAAGAGAAACAGAUCCAAAUGUCCUAAAGGAGUGCGUGAUUUUCAUUCCCCACUUUGGUCUUCAUCUCGAAUGGCCGAUUUUGCUGUUGGAAUGUUUGAUUUCUGUUCUGUCUGAUUGACACUUGACACGAGUGAGCUUGACUAAGCUGUAGUAACAUGUGAAUCGGUUUUUGUUGUGUAAGGGAGAAGGUUCAAUGCUGAGCUUGACUUGUUACUGAGGUGCUUGUUGAACUCAUUUUAAGUUACUGAUCCCUGCAACUGUUGAUUAUCCU